CUGAGGGACGCACGGAACAAUUUGUUUGCUAGCGAAGGGAUUCGUUCCGGUCAUUUGUCGUUUCAGAGACCCCUUCUUAUCAUUCUUGAUAGAAGUCUGGAUUUGGCAACUCCCCUUCAUCACACAUGGACAUAUCAAGCCCUGAUACACGAUGUUUUGGUAUUGCAUGUGGAAAAGGGUUCGAUUACGAAACGUCGCAAAGACUACGAUUUAAAUGCAAAUGAUAACUUUUGGGCUACACAUAAAGGAAGUCCAUUUCCUGCUGUUGCCGAGGCUAUUCAAGAAGAGCUUGAAACAUACCGUAAUCGAGAAGAGGAAAUACGAAGACUUAAGCAAGCUAUGGGUUUAGAUGACACAGGCAGCGAUGAGGCAAUAUCGUAUUUGACCGACGCGACUGCUCAGCUUACUUCAACUGUCAGCUCGCUUCCCGAGCUUCUCGAAAAAAAGCGUCUGAUUGAUGUUCAUACCAAUCUGGCCACGGCUGUUCUUCAACUCAUAAAAGAGAGGAAGCUAGAUGCUUUUUUCGAAGAAGAAGAGAAGAUAAUGAAUCGCCAGAUUCCGAAUCGUCUUUUGAUCGAUUUGAUACUUGACCCAGAAUGCGGAUCUAGCGAAAUGGAAGACGUUUUAUCUGCCCUUGAAACUGCAGGUUGCGAUACUUCAGCAGUUAAAUUCGUUAGAAGAUGGAAGCGCUUCACUAAAACUUCAGCGGAACAGUAUGGCGGCGGGGGCACCCGAACUGUUAGUAUGUUUUCGAAACUGCUCAGCCAAAGCUCUCAGUUCAUAAUGGAAGGCGUCAAAAACCUUGUCAUUCAAAAACAUGUAUGUUUACUGAGACUUGAUAUUUUUAUAUGCGAAAAACCUCUUCCUAUUGUAUCUAGGUACCUUUUAACUAUGUAUAUGAUUGCAUGCUGUUGGUGCAGCAGACGGCUUGCUUUCAGUUCAUAUUUAAUCAGUUAG